AUGGAGCUGGAAGGAGUGAGGUGCUGGUGGCAGUUUGGGGCAGGAAGUUCGAUCUCUUCAGCCAUACUUCCCAUUGCCUCCAGCUGUUGCACUGAGGUUUCUCAUCAUGUCUCCCGAAGGCUUCUGGAGAGAGUGAAUCUGUGCCGCAUCCAGAGAGCCGACGGGGACUGUGACUUGGCUGCUGUCAUCCUUCACGUCAGGCGCAGAAGAAUCUGUGUCAGCCCGCACAGUCAUGUUAUUAAGCAGUGGAUGAAAGAACAAACAGCCAAGAAAGACGCUAAGGGCAACUUCUGCCACAAGAAGAAACAUGCCGGUCAGAGGAAAAGUAAAGGGGCACAUCAGGGGAAACCAGAAAUCCACAGCCAUGAAAGUUCUUAUUAAAGUGUUUGCAAACGAACCUACACAGACAGUUCCUCAACUGGACUUGGCCAUGGUUGCUUAUA